CUCCUCGGCCGCCCCAUGGCUCCGGCUCCGGCGGCGGCGGGCGCGGGGGCGCGGGGCCCCGCCGCGCUGCCGCUGCCGCUGCCGCUGCUGCCGCUGCUGCUGCUGCUGCUGCCGCUGCCGCUGCCGGGCGCCGGGCUGGAGGUGCAGCGCAAGUUCCUCUCGGCCACCCCCACCAACAACUUCGCGCUGGACGGCGCGGGCACCCGCGUCUACCUGGCGGCCGUCAACCGGCUGUACCAGCUGUCGGGGCCCAACCUGACGCUGGAGGUGGAGGAGGCGGUGGGGCCGGUGCUGGACAACCCGCUGUGCCACGCGCCGCAGCUGCCGCAGGCCUCCUGCGAGCACCCCAAGGUGCUCACCAACAACUACAACAAGCUGCUGCAGCCCGACCCGGCGCAGGGCGUGCUGGUGGUCUGCGGCUCCAUCUACCAGGGCUUCUGCCAGCUGCGCAGCAUGGCCAACAUCUCCGCCGUGGCCGUGCGCUUCCCGCCGGGCGGCGGCGGCGGCGGCGAGCCGGUCGCCGUCUUCCCCAGCAUGCUCAACGUGGCGGCCAACCACCCCAACGCCUCCACCGUGGGGCUGCUGCUGCGGCGCGGCGGCGACACGCGGCUGCUGGUGGCCGCCACCUACACGGGCUUCGGCAGCCCCUUCUUCCCCCGCAACCAGAGCCUGGAGGACCACCGCUUCGAGAACACGCCCGAGAUCGCCAUCCGCGCCCUCAACGCGCGCGGCGACCUGGCGCGGCUCUUCACCUUCGACAUCAACCCCUCCGACGACAACGUCUUCAAGAUCAAGCAGGGCGCCAAGGCGCGCCACAAGCUCAGCUUCGUGCGCGCCUUCCUGCACGGCCGCGCCGCGCCCGCCCGCCGCCCCUACGCCUACCUGGCGCUCAACAGCGAGGCCAACGCGGGCGACAAGGAGAGCCCGGCGCACGGGCUGCUGGCGCGCAUCUGCCUGGGCGACGCCGCCGAGCCGCCGCUCAACGGCAGCGCCGAGCCCCGCAAGCUCACCGAGUCCUACGUGCAGCUGGGGCUGCGCUGCGGCGCCUUCGCGCGCCUCGUGGCCGUGAGCCCGGCGCGGGCGGCCGGCGGCUCCGAGCGCCUCUUCGGCGUCUUCGCGCGGGCGGGCGGCGGGCGGCCGCGCUCGGCGCUCUGCGCCUUCCGCUUCGCCGACAUCGAGGCGGCGAUCCGCGCGGCCCGCAGCGCCUGCUUCGGCAGCCCCGGCGCCGGCGCCGUGGCCGUGCUCGACAGCGUGGUGCAGGGCACCGGCCCGGCCUGCGAGAAGAGGAACAUCCAGCUACAGCCGGAGCAGCUGGACUGCGGAGCAGCACAUCUGCAGCACCCCUUAGCCGUCAUAAACCCUGUCACAGCUACGCCGGUGUUCACCUACAACGGCCUCACGUCCGUGGCGGUUGCCAGUGUCAAUAAUUACACCGUCGUGUUCCUGGGCACGGCGAAUGGAGGACUCCUGAAGAUUAAUCUGGACAGUUCCAUGAAGAUCAUUAGCAGGAGAUCCAUUUCCGUGGCUUAUGGAGAGCCUGUUCAUCCCAUCAUGCAGUUUGAUCCUUCUGAUUCCACCUACCUCUAUCUGAUGACGUCCUAUCAGAUGACGCGGGUGAAGGUGGCUACCUGCGACCAGUAUGGGACGUGCGCGGAGUGCCUGGCCGCCGCUGACGCUUACUGUGGGUGGUGCACCAUGGAGACCAGGUGCUCGCUGCAGCACGAGUGCGCAAAUUUCAGUGAGGCCGAUUUCUGGACGAGUGCAAGUGAAGGAGUGCAGCAGUGUCCUUCCAUGACCAUCUUGGAAUCCGAAAUUAAUAUCGACAAAGAUAACCCGGCCCUGAUAAUACAAAUAAAUGGGACAAUCCCGAACCUGAAUGGAACAAACAUAUCGUGCGAUUAUGGGAAUAAUAUCCACACAGUGGCAAGAGUUGCUGGAGAUUAUGUAAACCAAUUCAUUUAUUGCAGUUUACUUCCACGAGAAAAAUAUCCAGCAUUUCCAGAUAACCAAGACCAUGUGAUCGUCGAAACUGCUCUCCGGGUCAACAACAAAAAUAUUAUCUGGGCCAAUUUCACCAUCUACGAUUGCAAAAGAACUGGAAACAUUUACCCAAAGAGAGCAUGCACCAGCUGCCUCUCAACGCGGUGGAAGUGUUACUGGUGCCCCUCGAAGUACGUGUGUGUCUCCAACCACUCGCAAUGCGAGGAUGCGCUGCAGAUCAAAGAGAAAAUUGACUGUCCGCAGAUUGUCCCUGCGCCUUUAGACCCAAUGCCCACGGGAGCUGCUCAAGACAUUAUAAUCUCACUGGCUAAUGCGACUUUCUCUAAGGAGACGGCUCUGGAAUGCCAUUUUGGGACCGAGCGGACGUUCGAAGCCCGGUGGCUGAACUCCUCCGCCGUCCGGUGCAGCCACGUGCUGCUCCACACGUCAGAAAAAAGCCAUCUCUUCCCAGUAAGCCUUCAGCUGAAGGAUAAACCAGACAGAUUUAUUGACAGUCCAGAGAUGAUGACAGUGGAGGUCUAUAACUGUGCAACUGGAAGCGCUGACUGUUCUCAGUGUCUGGGGAGAGAGGACCUGGGACACCGGUGCAUCUGGAGUGAGACCAGCUCCAGCUGCAGACUAAACACCGAAUCCACCCAGACCUCAGAUGUGUGCCCAGCUCCUGAGAUUAGGAAGAUUGAGCCCCUGAGCGGGCCCCUGGAUGGAGGAACUCUGCUCACAAUACGAGGAAGGAACCUGGGCCGCAGGUUCAGCGAUGUCAUUAACGCUGUCAGGAUCGGGGGUGUGAAAUGUGUGCCACUCGAGGACAGAUACGUGGUUUCUGAGACGAUCGUAUGCCAGACUGGAGAAGCUCAGGAGGUGCUUUCUGAUGUGGUAACAGUUAAUGUGAGCCGGGAAGGCAAGUCCAGGGAGCGAUACUCCUAUGUGCUUCCCAUGGUGCAAUCCAUAGCUCCCCCGAACGGCCCGAAAGCCGGAGGAACGAGAGUAACCAUCAAAGGAAGCAGGCUGGAUGUCGGCUCUGAGCUCCGGGUCCUCGUCAACAGCUCCAAGCAGUGCGCGGACCUCAGUCGCAACGAUACCGCUAUCACGUGCACCAUGCCAUCUGUGGACCUCCCCAUGGCCGUGCGAGUCUGCGUCCAGUUUGAGAACAAGUCUUGUGCCAGCUACAACAUCACGUUCAAGUAUGAGAAGAACCCGGUUGUAACAGACGUCAACCCUAAGAAGAGUCAUAUCAGUGGGGGCAGAAUCAUCACCCUGGAGGGACGAGGCUUUGAACUGGUACAGAAUGUGUCGAUGGUGGUACGUGGCAUCGGCAGAGAGCAAACGAGUUGUAAGGUUCACACCGACACUGUGAUUACCUGCCCUUCUCCAGCUGCCUCCAACAUCACUACGGGGAGCAAGCCGGCGCCUGUGGACUUCUAUCUCAAUGGUCGCCUCUACGCGGAUGACCGUCCGGCUCUUGAUGAGGAGAUGUACCCGGAGGAGGCCCCGCACAUCAGCAAGUUCAGCCUGGAGUACUAUGCCGACCCCCAGUUCUUCACAGCCAAGAAGGAGAAAUGGAUCAAGCACCAUCCUGGCGAGCCCUUAACUCUGGUUAUACAUAAAGAGCCUGACAACCUAGGCCUGGAAAGCAAUGAGUACCAAGUGAAAAUUGGCCUUAUCUCGUGCGAGAUCCAGAUUGUUUCCGAUAAAGUCAUUCACUGUUCGGUCAACGAGUCGCUGAGCACCUCGGAAAGACAGUUACCUGUGACGAUCCAGGUUGGAAAGUUCAACCACACAAUCGCCAUGCUGCACCUCGGGGGAGGAGAGACUGCAAUCAUCGUCUCCAUUGUCAUCUGCAGCAUCUUGCUGGUCCUCUCUGUUGUAGCACUCUUUGUGUUUUGCACAAAGAGCCGUAGAGCAGAGCGUUACUGGCAGAAAACUUUGCUCCAGAUGGAAGAAAUGGAGUCCCAGAUCCGAGAGGAGAUCCGCAAAGGUUUUGCUGAGCUGCAGACAGACAUGACAGACCUGACCAAGGAGCUAAACCGCAGCCAAGGGAUCCCGUUCCUGGAAUACAAGCACUUUGUCACCCGGACAUUCUUCCCCAAAUGUUCCUCGCUCUACGAGGAGUGCUACGUUCUGCCUUCCCAGCAGCUCAGCUCCCAGGUGGGGUCCCAGGUCCAAGAAACUCAUCCGCUCCUGGUGGGGGAAUGGAAAAUUCCUGAAAGCUGCAGACCCAACAUGGAAGAAGGAAUCUCGCUGUUCUCCACCUUGCUCAACAACAAGCACUUUCUCAUUGUGUUUGUCCAUGCUCUUGAGCAACAGAAAGACUUUGCUGUUAGAGACAGGUGUAACCUGGCCUCCCUGCUUACUAUUGCAUUGCAUGGGAAACUGGAGUAUUACACCAGCAUCAUGAAGGACCUCUUGGUGGAUCUAAUAGAUGCUUCAGCUUCCAAAAACCCCAAGCUGAUGCUGAGGAGAACUGAAUCAGUAGUGGAGAAGAUGCUCACCAACUGGAUGUCCAUCUGCAUGUACAGCUAUCUCAGAGAGACGGUUGGAGAGCCGUUCUUCCUGUUGAUCUGUGCUAUCAAACAGCAAAUCAACAAAGGCUCCAUCGAUGCCAUCACCGGGAAAGCCAGGUACACCCUCAACGAGGAGUGGCUCCUGAGGGAGAACAUCGAGGCAAAGCCGCGGAACCUCAACGUCUCUUUCCAAGGCUGUGGGAUGGAUUCCUUGAGCGUUAGGGCCAUGGACACAGACACGCUCAGUCAAGUGAAAGAGAAGAUUCUGGAGGCCUUUUGCAAGAACGUCCCGUAUUCCCAGUGGCCAAGGGUAGAAGACGUCGAUCUUGAGUGGUUUGCCACAAGCACCAAUAGCUACAUCCUCCGGGACCUGGAUGAUACCUCGGUGGUGGAGGACGGCAGGAAGAAACUCAACACACUAGCCCAUUACAAGAUCCCUGAAGGGGCAUCACUGGCUAUGAGCUUGUUGGAUAAGAAGGAUACCACACUGAGCAGAGUGAAGGAUCUGGAUACCGAAAAAUACUUCCAUUUGGUUCUCCCAACUGACGAAUCAACUGAACACAAGAAGUCCCACAGACAGAGCCAUAGGAAGAAGGUCCUGCCGGAGAUCUACCUGACCAGGCUGCUCUCCACAAAGGGCACGCUGCAGAAGUUCCUGGACGACUUGUUCAAAGCCAUUCUCAGUAUCCGGGACGAUAAGCCGCCUGUGGCUGUGAAGUAUUUCUUCGACUUCCUAGAGGAGCAAGCAGAGAAGAGAGGGAUCACAGACCCGGACACUAUGCACAUCUGGAAGACCAACAGCCUACCUCUGAGGUUUUGGGUCAACAUCCUGAAGAACCCCCAGUUCGUCUUUGACAUUGACAAGACAGACCAUAUAGACGCCUGUCUCUCUGUGAUAGCCCAGGCCUUCAUUGACGCCUGCUCCCUAUCUGAUCUGCAGCUGGGCAAGGACUCCCCAACCAAUAAACUACUGUAUGCCAAGGAGAUCCCGGAGUACAGGAAGAUAGUGCAGCGCUACUACAAGCAGAUCCACGACAUGCCCCCGCUCAGCGAGCAGGAAAUGAACGCACACCUUGCCGAGGAGUCGCGGAAAUACCGGAACGAGUUCAACACCAACGUCGCCAUGGCUGAGAUAUACAAAUACGCCAAGAGAUACCGCUCCCAGAUAGUGACCGCGCUGGACUCCAACGCCACCACCAAGCGCACCCAGCUCCAGCACAAGUUUGAGCAAGUGAUCGCGCUCAUGGAAGACAACAUCUACGAGUGCUGCAGCGAAGCCUAGGCUGGCUGCAGCCCUGGAAGUGACCUCCUGUAGAGCGCGCUGCCUUUGACUGCGGAUACACCCUGGAUGACGCCCCGUCAGGGCCCUUCUGAAACCAGCCUGGUGGGGGGCGGCCCCGGCCCCUGGCUGAAGGGCCCCCUCGCGUAACAAGAAGCCACGAGACACCUUUGUGAGCAGCUCGAAAACCCUCUCAUCUGCACUGUGGCAUCCAUAAUUUAUUUGCUGUUUCAAGCCAGAAAUGGAGGCAUGACACUUGUGGCAAACUCAGUUAACCACUUCUUUCCAGUCAGCUCCUGAGCAGUCAGCUCCCGCAUUCCUGUUUCCCGAGGAGGCUCCUCGCGGACGAGACCAGGCUGCAGAAGCUGCGACGAUAGCUGCAAAGCAGAAGGGCAGCCGCAGGGAGUAGCGAGCAAGGAUGGCCACGGCUGUCGGAGCAACGGCAGAGCUCCCUUCCACACCAUCCCUCCGAUAUCUGCGCGUUUCCAACACCAGGGACUCUCAGCUGUUCACUGUCUGCUGCAUUCUGUGUAUUUUUGUGCCUUUUAUUUUUGUACUGUAUCUGUAAACGUAACCACUCCUCCAUCUGAGACGGGCAACACAGGGAACGUGGGGCUGAGACAGAGCAGUUGCUUCCUGGGGAGCUAAGGGAUGUUGAAGGCACUUUAUCCCCCAAUGGCAGCAGCUGUUACCUAGCUGGAGGGAGUGCGUUAGGUGUUCAGUGUUGGAAAGGCAGUUCCCCCUUCCCUGGGGUUCCCCGAUCCGUGUGCGCACUGGGCUGGAGUUUGCAGUGGAGUUGGCAAACACCCUGUAACGCAGCACCUUUCAGCCAGCCGCUCACGGGCCCCGCUUCUGCCCAGGAGCAGGAGACCAGACCUGAGCGGGAGAGGGAGAAGACCUCUAACGGUGGGUGGUGUCCCUGCCUCGCCAGCUGCACGCGCACACACACAUGCACACACACACGCACACACACACGCACACACACACGCACACACACGGCCUGGGUACCACAAGUCACAUCCGCAGGAGUCAGCUCCUACUCGCACCACUCGGACAGAGCAGAAGGGAGCCGCGGGCAGGGCAGGGCAGCAGCAUCUCCCGGUGCCCACCGGUGCCUGGGAACGGGGCGGCCAGCAGCAGCGGCAGCCGCGGCCCGGAGGAACGAGAGCGAGGACGGUGCUAUAGGGGUCUGUUUCUAAACCAGCUGGUUUGCGCGCUCUGCCCCCGCACACCGUGGUUAGUUAUCACCUGUCUAGCCUGAGCGCAAAGGGAACGUGCCCUCACUCGCUGUCGCAGCACGGUGCUCGCGCACGCAGGCCAGCGGAAUAGCUCCAGCAUCACAAGUUACAAGCAAAGGUAGAAAGCGAGACACUUGCUCCUCGUUAAGCGGGUACCAGCACGCAGCCCCGCUGCAGCAGGGCUCCCCCGAGCCCCGGACCCGCGCUGCCGCCCGCCGCGGUUGCUCCCCCCCCAGCUGCUGUGGCCCAUUUCCCUGCCUUCCCGCAGCCGGGGCGGCCGCGACUCCUCCGAUCUUUCCGGUGUCAUGUGAGCCCCUCUUUACGUGCAGGACCGCAGCUAACACCACGUGCUUGAAGCCAGAGUUCACAUGCAGGCCGAGGCAAUCUGCCACGAAAGCUAAACCUGUAGGCAGCCACAUUUUCAAACUGCCAAAAACAAAAAGAAAAGAAAA